GAUAGUCUGACGGUGAAGUACGUUCGAUUUGUUUUUAGUGUUUGUUGAUCCGUACCGCGAGGAAACGUUGUUGAACGUGUGGGAGGCAAUGAAUAACCGUAAGAUCCCGUCGCAAUAACAACGGAAUACGCUGGAAGAGAGGAAUCGGUCGACACGAGUUAAUCGAUUCGGUGUUGCAACACGCCAUGUAUUGGGUUGAUGUGUUCCCUCGAGGUCAUAGUCGGACUUUGACAGACGCCAAUAUAUCGCGCGUGAGCACGAUGCUACUCGUGCUGAGUGUUUGGUGCUUCGUCGCAGCUGUGUCUGCAGCUGAAAAUAGUCACUGUGUUUGGUAUGGAGAAUGUUAUAAGGAUGCAUUUUUGCAUAAAAAGAAUUGUCCUUAUACUGGACCACCUAAACCAUUGGACUUUGAUGGACAAAAAUUGCUCGCUAAGAACUGUCCCCAUUUAGUCAAAGACUCUGGGAAUGGAAUUAAUACUUGUUGCGAUACAAAUCAGUUAAAAACUAUGGACGCUAAUAUUAACUUAGCAGCUAAUUUUCUAAGCAGAUGCCCUAGCUGUUUAGACAAUUUAGUGAAACACUUUUGUGAGUUCACUUGUAGCCCAGAACAAAGCACAUUCAUCGAUGUUGUAAAGAUUGAGAAACAAAAUGUUACAGAAUAUAUUGAUAGUAUAGACGUGUAUAUAACAAACAAAUAUUUAGAAGGAACAUUCAACUCCUGCAAUAAAGUAUCGGUACCUAGCACCGGACAAUUAGCAUUGGAUUUAAUGUGUGGAGAAUGGGGUGCUAGCAGAUGUACUCCAUUGAAAUGGUUCCAUUACAUGGGCGAUGCAGAGAAUAAUGGAUAUGUUCCUUUCCAAAUUAGAUACAUAAAUACGGAUAAUCCGGUCGGUGCGUUCACACCUGUGGAUCCCAUAGUUACUCCUUGCAAUAAGGCAUUGAAUAAAAACACGCCAGCCUGCAGCUGUGUAGAUUGUGAGGCCAGCUGUCCAGUGCCACCAGCGAUGCCUCCAUUACCAAAACCAUUCACCAUUCUUGGUUACGACGGUUAUGCAGUGACUAUGAUAAUUGUUUUUGUGUGUGGCUCACUCCUCUUCAUUCUCUCGAUUGUCUGCUUCAGUAAUAGGAAACAGAUCGUCGCACGAGGGGAGGAGGUAGGAAGGCAGGUGGGUAGACGCCUAGCUGCAGGUUUACACCACCCAGGAGAUGGUGCUCGUAUUGCUCUCGCCGCAGACCAGGAAGACAGCCCACUUCAGUCUAAGCGUUCCAGUGUGAUAUCUGCAGAUGACUUGCCGAGCGGAUUCGACGAGGAGGAACAGUCGACAUUUAUUGAAAGAUUGGGCGCUGGUACCGACAAACUGCUGGCAGAAUUCUUCUGCUCGUGGGGCACAGCGUGUGCCUCGCGACCGUGGUUCGUGCUUUUCAUGGGUUUCCUAUUUAUCGUUGCCUUGGGACACGGAAUAAAGUAUAUUCACGUAACCACUGAUCCCGUCGAAUUGUGGGCUGCACCGCAAUCUCGAUCGCGAGUGGAGAGGGAAUACUUUGAUCAACAUUUUGAACCAUUCUAUAGAACCGAACAGAUCAUUAUCACGUCAGCUGGUUUGUCUAAUAUUGUACAUGAAACGACAAAUGGUCCAAUAACCUUUGGUCCUGUGUUUAACGAUACUUUCCUGAGGACAAUUUAUCAGCUCCAAGAAGGGAUCAAAGGAAUAGUUACCCCUAAUAAUUAUACCUUGGCAGACAUUUGUUUUGCUCCGUUGACUAGUCCCUUCACAGGACCACCAACUGUUUCGCAGUGUGUCAUUCAAAGUAUAUGGGGAUACUGGCAAGAUAGUAUGGAAAAUUUUAAUUCCUCUAGCAACGAGGAUAACUAUACAGUGAAUUACUUGGAUCAUUUCAGAGUUUGUUCUCAAAACUCUUACAAUCCCGAAUGCCUCGCGUCGUACGGUGGCCCGAUUGAACCAGCAAUCGCGGUGGGAGGUUUCUUGAAACCGGGCGAGGAUCUUCAUAAUCCGUCGUACGAGAAAGCCACAGCUGUGAUUCUGACUUUACUGGUGAACAAUUAUCAUGAUAAAUCCAAACUUGUUCCCGCCAUGGAAUGGGAAAAGAGUUACAUCGAGUUCAUGAAAAAUUGGACUGCAACGAAAAAACCAGCGUACAUGGAUAUGGCUUUUACUUCCGAACGGUCGAUCGAAGACGAAUUGAAUCGCGAGUCUCAGUCCGACGUUCUAACUAUUCUCGUGUCGUACGUUAUUAUGUUCGCGUACAUUGCAAUCUCUCUGGGUCAGAUGAAGAGCUGUAGUCGAUUUCUGAUCGACUCUAAAAUUACUCUUGGCCUCGGCGGCGUAAUCAUUGUGUUGGCGUCGGUUGUCUGUUCCGUGGGUUUGUUUGGAUUCGUUGGUAUUCCCGCCACGCUCAUUAUUAUUGAAGUCAUACCGUUCCUCGUCCUUGCCGUCGGAGUGGACAACAUUUUCAUUCUAGUCCAGACGCAUCAAAGAGAAGGUCGCCGUCCAAAUGAGUCGAUACCAGAGCACAUUGGUCGCACGCUUGGCCAAGUGGGGCCGAGCAUGCUGCUCACCAGCGUGUCAGAAAGUUGUUGCUUCUUCCUUGGUGGAUUAUCUGAUAUGCCUGCUGUUCGUGCCUUUGCUCUGUACGCCGGUAUGGCGUUACUGGUGGACUUUGUACUUCAAAUAACAUGCUUUGUCAGCUUACUCGCGUUGGACACGAUUCGCCAAGCAAGCAACAGGCUGGACGUAUGCUGUUUCAUGCGUGGCUCGAAGAAAGACAACGGCGAAGAAGUAGUGAAUGGAAUCUUGUACAAAAUCUUUAAAGUCGCUUACGUUCCGUUGUUACUGAAAAAAUGGGUGCGUGCGUUCGUUAUGUUGUUUUUCUUCGGCUGGCUCUGUUCGAGCAUAGCCGUUGUGCCGCAUAUCGAAAUCGGCCUGGACCAAGAACUUUCCAUGCCCGAAGACAGUUUUGUAUUGAAAUACUUCAAAUUUUUGAAUAGUUACUUGUCGAUUGGACCACCGAUGUACUUUGUCGUAAAAGACGGCCUAAAUUAUUCCGAUAGGGGUCAACAGAAUCUAGUGUGUGGUGGUCAGUAUUGUAAUAACGACUCGGUAUCCACUCAAAUAUUCAUAGCGUCGAAGCAGUCGAACAGGACAUACAUAGCAAAACCCGCAUCAUCAUGGCUGGACGAUUAUAUCGACUGGUCACAACUUACUUCUUGUUGUAAAUACUUCGUCUCAAAUAGCUCCUUCUGUCCGCAUUCAGAGUAUUCGAAUCAAUGCGCAACGUGCAAUAUAAGCACGAUCAACGGUCGACCAACAGCAAUAAAUUUCGAGAGAUACGUGUCCUUCUUUUUGCAAGACAAUCCCGAUGAAAUGUGCGCGAAGGCAGGUCACGCUGCUUACGGUCACGGCGUGAAUUACAUAACCGAUCCGAAGACAGGAUUCUCAAAAGUUGGAGCGUCCUACUUUAUGGCUUAUCAUUCGAUAUUGAAGUCGUCUGCCGAUUAUUAUGAGUCGAUGAGAGCUGCAAGAGCUGUGUCGGCAAAUAUAACGAACAUGAUCAAUAGCAAUCUAAGAAAUAUGGGCGACACUUCCACCGAAGUCGAGGUUUUCCCAUACAGCGUGUUCUACGUGUUCUACGAACAAUAUCUGACCAUGUGGCCGGACACGCUGUACAGUAUAGGCAUAUCAUUGUUCGCCAUUUUCGUGGUGACUUUCCUCUUGAUGGGUGUCGACAUAUUUUCCUCGGUGGUCGUUAUAAUAACAAUCACGAUGAUUGUCGUCAAUAUUGGCGGUUUAAUGUACUGGUGGCACAUAACGUUGAACGCAGUGUCAUUGGUCAACCUCGUUAUGGCUGUAGGCAUUGCUGUAGAAUUUUGCAGUCAUCUAGUACAUUCCUUCUCGGUGUCGGUGAAGACUACACGAGUCGAACGAGUUGCCGACGCGUUAACCAAUAUGGGAAGUUCCAUUUUCAGCGGCAUCACACUUACAAAGUUUGGCGGUAUCAUUGUCCUCGGGUUCGCUAAGAGUCAAAUCUUCAAGGUCUUCUACUUCCGGAUGUAUUUGGGUAUCGUACUGUUCGGAGCUGCCCAUGGUUUAAUAUUCCUGCCAGUAUUGCUCAGUUAUAUCGGCACACCCAUGAACAGAGAGAAGCUGGCGAAUCACAAGAGAGCGAUGCAAGGAAAUCUGGACAAUGUGCAGGAGACUUCCUUGAAUCAUCGUGUAAGCAAACUCAAUUCUCCUCCCACACCCACCACAAGCACACCCACCUUCAGAGAGCUCGAAUACGAAAGAUAGGCGUGAUGUCGCGCCGAGGGCGCACCAGAGGCCUCCACUGUGCCAACAGGGCUAGAAACGAAUUUAGAGGUGAAGAACGCGGGCCUCACACUCCUUUACUCCAAAAUGACAACAAUCAGUUCCCAACCACUUCCUACGCCAGUGUGAACUCCAUAGACGCGACGACGGAUCAUCACGUGACCUUCUAGCAUUAAUCCUCAUAAGAGAAUAACAUGAACUUUUUUUUGUACUUGGGGAGAACUGAAGUUAUAAAAUAACUCAUCAAGUACGAUGCAUGUACAUUCGUAAAUAGCUCCGAUUGCCGACGAGUAAAUUCGUUGUCAACCGAUCGAUACAUAUACAAGUUGUACGAAUCGCCAAUAGAAGAAUCGUUUGAUAUCGACGUGAAUUAUGAAGUUCGUGUCUGGUAUAUAUAUAUAUUUUUUUUUGUAACUAGGAAGAAGGAGUUUUGUAUACUGUUACGCGUACGGUAAGCUUGCGAUAUAUUUAGCGUAUUUAUUAUCUUGUGGAAGGAUGGCCUCUUAAUUUAACGUUACUUUGUCGCUCUGAAGCUUUACGAUUAUGUAUUUCCGUGUUACUUUUUAAGCGCCUGGCACCGAUCAUGGAUCGGAUCGAUCCGAGAAAGUGGUGUCCAGGGUGUGUGUAUGUAAUGUUAGUUUUAACACGAACGUCAGUUUGCUUUUCCGCUAUUUUUUUCGUAUGGAAAAAAAGAAGGAAAUACGCGGGUAAACCGUUGUUGCUUGGUGAACUGUUUGUAAAUGUAUUUGCAUUUCAAUGUCGUGCCUCAUCGACGCGCGUGCAUUUUUUUUUUUUUCUUUUCUUU